CCUCACACAAGAUUCUUGCUAAGAUUGAGAGCUUUCAGGAAGUGAUUUCUCGCGGUUUUUCAGAGCUCACUCUCAACUACUAAUCAUUUCAAGCAGAAAACCACAUUUUUAAAGCGCGUGCAAGGCACCCUUGAAGAUCAAGCAGAGAUGCCUCGCUCCUUCAUGGUGAAGAGUAAGAAGGCGCACAGCUACCACCAGCCCAGGAGCUUAGAGGAUGACUACAGCAGACUGGACUCGAUACUGGCGCACAUAUGCUCAGAGGUGGAUAAACUCCCGGAUGACGCCGACAUGUCGGUGGACAGGUACGACCUCUCUCCAGACUCUCACCUGGCCGACGCUGCUGAUUUCUCCCCGAAGUCUCCGCUCAGCUGCGCGGACAGUCUGUGUGGUCCCUCCUCGGACUAUGAGGACUUCUGGAGGCCUCCUUCCCCCUCAGCAUCACCGGUCGAUUCGGAGAAGUCCCUCUCUCCUCUGGUGGAUGAGUCUCAGCCCUUCACUGUUCCCUUCCGGCCGUACGCCUGGAGCAGCUACCCGGGACCCGGGCUCAGGCCCUUGUUGCAGCAGAGCCUCCACCCCGGCCUGGAGGUGGACAGGGGCCCCGGGUCCGUGGCCUUUUACGCAGACAGGAGCACACACCCAGCCCUGGAUUCAUACCGGAGUCUGGGCGAGGAGGCUUAUGGAGACUACAGGAGGCACGCUGCUGCUGCCGCCGCUGCUGCUCUGCUGUUUCCCGAUGGAGGCCUGCAGAGGAAAGCCCACAGUGUGAAGGCCCCAUCCGACCUGCUGUGCUCCAGUCUCAUCCUCAACGGGGCUUAUAAGUGUAUCAAGUGCAGCAAGGUGUUUUCUACUCCGCACGGUUUGGAAGUCCACGUCCGCAGAUCUCACAGCGGCACGCGGCCGUUUGCAUGUGAAAUCUGCGGCAAAACCUUCGGACACGCGGUCAGUUUGGAGCAACAUAAAGCGGUGCACACACAGGAAAGAAGCUUCGACUGCAAAAUCUGCGGUAAAAGUUUCAAGAGGUCGUCAACACUGUCGACGCAUCUGCUCAUCCACUCCGACACUCGGCCGUACCCGUGCCAGUACUGCGGGAAGAGGUUCCACCAGAAGUCAGACAUGAAGAAACACACUUUCAUCCACACAGGUGAGAAGCCGCACAAAUGUCAGGUGUGCGGGAAAGCGUUCAGCCAGAGCUCCAACCUCAUCACGCACAGCAGGAAACACACCGGAUACAAACCUUUCGGCUGCGACCUCUGCGGGAAAGGCUUCCAGAGGAAAGUGGACCUGAGGAGGCACAAAGAGACACAGCAUGGACUGAAAUGAAGCGAGAAUAAACCCUCCUGUCAUAAAGUGGUCUUUAAAGUAUUAUUACGGAAACGAGUUGGGACCCCGGAUGAAGACAGAGGACAUGUUUCAAAUGUGCCAGCUCGAUCAAGAAUCACGGUGAUUCCCACUGUACAGACCAAGUGUUAAAGUGCAUUUCAGAUAUAAAUAUAGCUACAACUAUUUAUUUAUUUUGAUACGGUAAACAUGUACGUUUAUGGCCUUUUGCGGUGAAGACAUCGAAAACACUAAUUCUUUUCAAAUAUGUUCCAGAGAUCCAUAAAACCAGAAAUAAGCUGUGAAUGAGACAGAAUAUGAAGGCACAUGAUCAAAUAAAUUCGCCAUGCCAGAGGAAUCCGCACCAGUGGAUUGAAAACCCUCAAAAUAUUUCCACUCUCACUUUCAUAACCCUGAUCGACCACGAAGCCAACCGAGGUGCAAAUCUGCGCCUGUCCACAGACCAGAGGCUCCUUUGUUUUCAGUCUGAAGACAUGAUGCUGGCAAAACAGCCUCCUCACACUGUGUGAUUUAAUAAACAGGAGGCCUUAGUCACAAAGAUGGUAUCUUCCACUUUUACAUUUUGCACUUUUGACUGUCGUAAAUUAACUGUUUACUAUAUAAUAUAUUCUCUCAAGUGUAUUUUAUUUUCUGGUUGGUUUUAUUAAAAUUCAUAAAAUGCAAUAAAAUCAAAAAGUGAAAUGAA